ACUUCCUCUCUCCCUAUCUGAUGCACACACAGACAAGCUUCUUUCUCUCACUUCACCGCUCACUCCCUCGCUCGCUCUCAGUCGUCAUUCUGUAACCGCACGGACGCGCUCCACUUUGGUACAGCUCCUGUGUAUUUUCCAGCUAUUCCGAAAGCUGUUGUCUCUAACUCGCGCAGCACAUACACGCACAAGCGAUCCGUUCGGUUCAGGCGUGGGGCUCAAACUGUACACAGAGAGCGGGAUAAUGAAAGAAAAGCACCAAAGAGGAAAGCAGGGUGAGAGAGGGAAUUAAAAGAGGAGUAAAAGCAGCAAAGGAAAAGAGUCUGCUCUCGCGAAAAGGUGGGAGGACAGUUUGAUUCAGUGAUCAUUUGGAAUAAACUGGCUACGUCUCUGCUCUAAAGUGUCCCACUAAAGGUGAUGAGACCAUAAAUCUCUGAGUGGCAUCCCGACAGAGCCAAGAAAACUGCUUUGUGGGCACCGGCACAGCCCCCCCCUCCCACCUCACCCAUUUCCCAUAACCACCGUUACAAGUUGUUUCAGCGUGGCUCAGCUCUCAGCACUGGACUUUAACUUGGGGACCUGAACCUCACAGAUCGCCAAUGCUAACAAGGAACUGCCUGCUGCUGUUCCUCUGGAUUCUUGUCGACGAAGGCUCAGUCUCUUGUUUACGUCCACCUACACCACCACUGGGACGGAGCAGGACGGGGAGGGAGCACGCCAGGAGCUUGGUGGGCCCGAUGAGGAAUGGGGCAGCUGGAUUUCAACGGGUCAAAAGGGGCUGGGUGUGGAACCAGUUCUUUGUACUGGAGGAGUACAUGGGGUCAGACCCGCAGUACGUGGGCAAGCUACACACUGACCUCGAUAGGGGCGACAAUGUGGUGAAGUACACUCUCUCGGGAGACGGGGCUGGCUCCAUUUUCACAAUUGACCAAACAACGGGGGACAUCCAUGCCUUAAGGAGUCUUGACAGGGAGGAGAAGCCUUACUACACCCUACGCGCCCAAGCGGUUGACAUGGACACCAAUAGGCCCCUAGAGCCUGAAUCAGAAUUUGUAAUCAAGGUUCAAGACAUCAACGACAAUGAGCCAAAAUUCCUGGAGGGACCAUAUACGGCCAGUGUCCCUGAGAUGUCACCAGUAGGGACAUAUGUGACGCAAGUGACAGCCACAGAUGCAGAUGACCCUACCUAUGGAAACAGUGCUAGAGUGGUAUACAGCAUCCUCCAUGGCCAGCCAUACUUCUCUGUUGACCCCAAAACAGGUGUUAUAAAGACAGCCUUGCCUAAUAUGGACCGAGAGGUGAAGGAACAGUACCAGGUAUUAAUCCAGGCCAAGGACAUGGGGGGCCAGCUGGGGGGGCUGGCUGGGACCACCACCAUCAACAUCACUCUCAGCGAUGUCAACGAUAAUCCACCCAGGUUCUCUAAAAGUUUCUUUCACCUACGAGUUCCUGAGUCUUCUGCAGUGGGGUCUGCUGUCGGGAGAAUCAAAGCCCAUGACUUGGACAUCGGGAGAAAUGCCGAAGUAGAGUACACCAUUGUGCCAGGUGAUGGAGGCGCCAUGUUUGACAUCACCACCAAUGAACACAACCAAGAGGGGAUGAUCAUUCUCAAAAGGCCCUUGGACUAUGAAAGCAAGAAGGCAUACACCUUUAAGGUAGAUGCCUCCAAUGCUCAUCUGGAUCCACGAUUUCAAAGCUUUGGGGCCUUCAAAGACACAGCAACAGUGAAGAUUAACGUUUUGGAUGUGGAUGAGCCUCCGGUGUUCAAUAAGCCCUCCUAUGUGAUGGAUGUGUAUGAGGACACACCCGCAGGCACCAUCAUCGGAGCAGUGACAGCACAGGAUUUAGAUGCCAGCAGCAGUCCAGUCAGGUAUUCCAUUGACUGGAAGAGUGACUUGGACAGCUACUUUGACAUUGAUCCAGUGGAGGGAACGAUUUCCACAAACGAACUCCUUGACAGAGAGAGCAUCGCCCAGCACAAUAUCUCCAUCGUGGCGACCAAACUUAAUAGUCCAGUUCUGAGCAGUCGGGUGGCCGUCACCGUCCAUGUGUUGGACAUCAACGAGUUCCCACCGGAACUCUCCAGUCCGUAUGAGACCUUUGUGUGCGAAAAUGCCAAAGUGGGACAGGUGAUUCAGACUUUCAGUGCAAAAGACCAGGAUCUACCGACGGCUGGACAACAGUUCUCCUUCAAAUCACCAAAGGAAGAAGACAUGAAAAACAAGAAUUUCACCAUCCGGGACUUUGGAAACAACACAGCUGGAAUUGUGACAAAGCGGAGUGGCUUUAGACGGCGUUUGCAUGAGAUCUAUUUCCUUCCUGUGGUGAUUGACGAUAAUGGCUACCCUCCUAAGAGCAGCACCGGCACCCUGACCAUCCGCGUAUGUGGCUGCGAAGCAGACGGUUCCCUGCUAACUUGCAGCGCUGAAGCCAUCUUUCUCCCUGUGGGUCUCAGCACUGGAGCUCUGAUUGCCAUCCUUCUGUGUAUCAUCAUCCUGUUAGUAAUCGUGGUCCUCUAUGUGGGCUUGAGACGGCAAAAGAAAAAGGAAACACUCAUGUCAUCCAAGGAGGACAUCCGGGAUAAUGUGAUCCACUAUGACGACGAAGGAGGGGGAGAGGAGGACACGCACGCAUUUGACAUGGGGACACUUCGCAAUCCUAAGGUUGUCAAAGAGAACCUGUUCCGCAGGGACGUCAAACCUGAGAUGAAGAGAGGUCCCAGGCCACCUGUCUCUCAGGACAGCGCCGACAUCCGAGAUUUCAUCAACCAGCGCCUGAAAGAGCACGAUGUGGACAACUCGGCACCGCCCUAUGACUCCCUGGCCACGUACGCUUACGAGGGCGACGGCUCUGUGGCCGAGUCGCUAAGCUCCAUCGAGUCCCUCGCCAUAGACCUCGAGGAGGACUAUGAUUACCUCAAUGACUGGGGGCCCCGCUUUAAGACACUAGCAGGGAUAUUUGGGGAACAGUCAGAAACUCAGUCGGACUCAACCACCACGGAGAACACACAUUGAUGUUUUUCACAGACUCGAAAAGUUCUUUUGGUUGACAACACACACACACACACACACACGCACACACACACACACACACACACACACACACACACACACACACACGUUUUACCAUUGUUUUCCUCCCAUGUUAUCUGUUUUCAUCUUUUUUCCAGCUCACCGUUUUCUAUUUUAUGUGGUACUUUACCAUGCUCAGUCCCAAAAUUGUAAAAAAAGAAGAAAAAAAAGAAGAAAAUGAGGGAACAUAAGGAAACAUGAUUAGAUGAGCCAAGCAGCCAUUCAAUUACCUUUCAAUUGAAUGUUCUCGUCUUACGUUUUGUUUCCUCUUGGGGAAUACGCAUAUACACGGAAAUGUUGUCAUUUCCUAGAACAUCCUUAAAAGUGCCUCAAUAUAAUUGUUCUUUCACUUGCUAUUUCAUGCCACAUAUCCAGUGUUGAUCCUUACAACCCCACAGGUUAAGCUUAUUCAGUCAGUAUACUGUGCUCUGACUGGCUGAGGCAUCUACCAAGACCAGUGUCAAGUCUGUGGGGACAACGAAGUGGCCCGAGUUUGGCCAAAGAUGUUUUGAAUGUUAUUUAUUGUUCUAUUUAUUUAAUGGCUGAUUGAGUUUGAUUUGAUUAUUGUGUAUUUAUCUAUUUAUCUCUCAGUCAUCAAUCUGUAUUUUUUAUUUUUGCAGACACACAAGGGAUUUUUGUAAUUAAAAAGGCCCACAUGAAAAUGUAUGUUUCUGUUAGGUGGGUCCUGUGAAUAGACUUGUACUAGAGUUGUAAAAAAAUGAUUAGGGCUAAAUACUGCAGUUCAGUCAUGUAAUAAACACAUUUUUCUUAAAUAAACCACACUUGGAGAAGUUC